GAAUUACAAAAUAUACCCUUCGCCAGGUUCGUCAUAGCAUUUUACUUAAAACGGACAAAAAUGGGAUCGGAAUGUUACAUUCACCCCUCCACCUCCCGCUCCACAUUGUAUACCUGUCGUAAAGAACAUUCUGCUACAUAACUGCGCUCCAGUUAUCAAGACGGAGUCUCGCUCUAUCGCCCAGGCUGGAGUGCCAUGGUGCGAUAUUGGCUCUCUGCAACCUCUGCCUCCAGGGUUCAAGUGAUUCUCCUGUCUCAGCCUCACCAGUAGCUGAGAUUACAGGCACCCACCACCACACCCAGCUAAUUUUUGUAUUUUUAGUAGAGACAGGGUUUCACUAUGUUGGCCAGGCUGGUCUCAAACUUACCUCAAGUGAUCUGCCUGCCUCACCUUCCCAAAGUGCUGGGAUUACAGGCGUGAGCCACUGCGCCUGGCCUAAAAGAUAUAUAUAUAUAUAUAUAUGUUUUUUGUUUUUUUUUUUUUUUAAGCUACUUACGUCUCUCCAUUUGCCCGCAAGGAGAUUCCUUGUGGACAGAAGACAGGCAGAGUUCAAAGUCAUCCCUGUGCUCACAUGAGACCAAUGCAUAUCUGAUGGCUUCCUCUGCCCUAUUGUUUGACCCAGACUAGGCAUGGAUGGCUCUUCCUGUAAAUUGUGCAUUCAGUAAAAGGCUAAUCAAACUCAAAAGAAUGCAGCCAUUUGUCUCCUGUCUAUGACCUGGAAGCCCCCUCCCCUGCUUCGAGUUGUCUUGCCUUUCCGGACCGAACCAAUGUACAGCUUACACAUAUUGAUGACGUCUCAUGUCUCCAUAAAACGUAUGAAACCAAGCUGUGCCCCGAAUACCUCCUGAGGCUGUGUCACACGCACACCCUUAACUUUGGCAAAAUAAGCUUUCUAAAUUGAUUGACACCCAUCUCAGAUACCUUUUGGUUUACAUAGUUUAUAAGCAUCUUGUGUAGAGACAUUUUAUAGAUAUCCCAAUUCCUAUCAGAUGUUCACCCACUAGUUUGAACAUCUAUUGAUAUUUCUUGCAUGAAACGAUGCUGUGGUGGUUGCCAAAUAGGAUUUUCCAUCCUUCUACAUUAUUAGUUCGGCCAGUCAUGGUGGCUCACACCUGUAAUCCUAGCACUUUGGGAAGCCAAGGUGGGCGGAUUGCUGGAGCCCAGGAGUUCAAAACCAGCCUAGGCAACAAAGUGAUACCCCAGUCUCUACAGAAAAAUUUAAAAAUUAGCCAAGCAUGAUGGCGCACACCUGUAGUCCUAGCUACUUGGGAGGCUGAGAUGGGAGGAUCACUUGAGCCUAGGAGGUGGAGGCUGCAGUGAGCCAUGUUCACACCACUGCACUCCAGCCUGGGUGACAGAGCGAGACCCUCUCUGAAAACAAAACACAUUUAUUAGUUCACGUUCUAAAGAUUAGAAGAGCUUUUCUUUCCCACUGCCUGAGUUAUAUCAGAAUAAACUUGUAUUUUAAUUUUAUUCAGUGGUUUGUGAUCUAUGACUAUCAUCUUGAUGCUCACAUUUUCUAGAUUUAGCUAGUGACUUCUGCAUCUAUGUGACUUGCCCUGCCAUUGGGACACUUUCUGCCACACAAAAAUAUUCCAGAUCUUGUACCUUCUCUUGUAUGACCCUGGGAUCAGCCAUUUCUCCAAGUAGCCCUGGUUCCUUUUAGUGGAGAAUGGGAUGCGGCGGCCAGGGUUUGGAUGUUAGGGGUGCUUCUCACUAUUGGGGUGUCGCUGCUCUUAAGCUCUCCCAGUGGAUUAAGCUAGGAAAUACAUGUUUGCAUACACACCACUUUUUAAAAAAAAUUUUUUUUUUUUGGAGAUGGAGUCUCCCUCUGUCGCCCAAGCUGGAGUACAGUGGCUCAAUCUCGGCUCACUGCAAGUUCCGCCUCCAGGGUUCAUGCCAUUCUCCUGCCUCAGCCUCCUGAGCAGCUGGGACUAGAGGCUGCCGGCACCACGCCCGGCUAACUUUUUGUAUUUUUAGUGGAGAUGGGGUUUCACCGUGUUAGCCAGGACGGUCUCCAUCUCCUGACCUCGUGAUCCGCCCGCCUCGGCCUCCCAAAGUGCUGGGAUUACACGAGUGAGCCACCACACCCGGCCACACAACGCUUAACUUCUAUGUAAACAACCAUGUGUUCACACAAUUUUAUCUCCAAUUCCAUUGCGACACCGACACCACAAGGGUCAUUCUAACCUCCGAUCUAUGUUUGUACAUCCAUCCUCUGACGGUGCAAACCCUGAUUCUACAUUUUGAAAUCAUCCCGACUUUAUGGUCAGGAAAGCGAGGCCCAGAGGGGCUGCUUCCGGGCAGCAGGAUGAGGAUCUGUCUCCAGCUGUCCGACCUUAGAGGGCUUCGAGAGGACAGAGCCAGCCUGCGAGGCACUCACCUUUGUGCACCUGCCCAGGCGAGGCGGGCUCAGUGCGCACGCGCCCAGGGGCCUUUAAAGCGCCCGCCGCGCAUCUCUUCCCCUAGCUGCAAGGAUCGGUGCUUGGCCUCGCCCGCAACACCCUCCUGGAGGAUGCUGGUGAGAGGCAGGGACCAGGGGUCCGGCUCCCGGCUCGGGCCUAUCGUUAAGCGCUGGGCCCCCAGGCCCUCUCCUUUGCAGAGUCCCGCUGCCUCCCUCGACGCAGAGCCUUCAAGCGCCGCAGUCCCCGACGGCUUCCUCGCGGGCCCCAGUGUCUCCCCAAGACGCCUGGCGAGGCCGCCGGGGCUGGAGGAGGCGCUGAGCGCGCUGGGGCUGCAGGGAGAACGCGAGUACGCCGGGGACAUCUUCGCCGAAGUCAUGGUGUGCCGCGUGCUGCCCCUGAGAGCCCUGCCCCGCGCUGUGACCCCGGAGAUGCGCGCCCUGGUGGUAGACUGGCUGGUCCAGGUGCACGAGUACCUGGGUCUGGCUGGUGACACACUUUAUCUGGCGGUUCACCUGCUUGAUUCCUACCUGAGCGCUGGCCGCGUGCGCCUACAUCGCCUGCAGCUGCUGGGCGUGGCUUGCCUGUUUGUGGCGUGCAAAAUGGAAGAGUGCGUGCUUCCCGAGCCCGCCUUCCUCUGCUUCCUGAGCGCGGACUCCUUCUCACGGGCGGAGCUGCUGCGCGCCGAGCGCCGCAUCCUGAGCCGCCUGGAUUUCCGGCUGCACCACCCGGGCCCGCUGCUGUGCCUCGGGCUGCUGGCCGCGCUGGCAGGGAGCAGCCCCCAGGUGAUGCUACUUGCCACCUACUUCCUGGAGCUGUCUUUGCUGGAGGCCGAGGCGGCGGGAUGGGAGCCGGGUCGUCGUGCGGCUGCGGCUCUGAGCCUGGCGCACCGCUUGCUCGACGGGGCGGGCUCCAGGCUCCAGCCAGAACUUUACAGCCCCGAGGAACUGGGCACCCUCGAGCCGUGCAUGGCCCGCGCUGCACUCCGAGGUCCCGCGCCGGGUCGCGCCGCAGUCUUCCUCAAGUAUGCGCGGCCCCAGCGCCAGGGGACCAGCCUUGCCGCCGCCUGCCUGCUCCGCCGCCUCCAGUCUGAGCCUCCCUGAGUACUGAGACUCAGUCACAAAAAAAUCAACAACAAAAAACAAAACCCUCCCAGUGUGUGUCCGUCUCUCAUCUCAAUAAAAGAAUUUAUUUUAUUCUGA